AUGGAGCAGCCUCGACAUCAGACGCAUCAGCGCUGGAUCUGCGGGGGCUUUGCAGUGCUUGUGUGCGUCAUGAUGCUCUGGGGAUCCACGCACACCAUUCCUCAGCGUGGUGUCGUGGUGAUCAACACGUGGCCGUUUGUGAACGCAACCCGCGCAGGUUUCCAGGCUCUGCAGAAAUCGAGCAGCCGCUCGCAUGCAUUGGACGCCAUCACACGUGGCUGUAAUCGCUGCGAAGUGGACCAAUGCGACUUUACAGUUGGCUACGGAGGUAGCCCAGACUCUAGCGGGGAGACGACUUUGGACGCCAUGAUCUUGGAUGGGUCCACGAUGGAAAUGGGCGCAGUGGCGCAGUUGCGACGUGUGAAACCUGCAAUCAAAGUAGCACGCGCAGUUAUGGAGCACUCGUCUCACAGCAUUUUGGCUGGAGACGGUGCGCUGGCGUUUGCCAAGAUGAUGGGGUUCGAGGAGACGCCGCUAGACACGCCGCACUCGCGCGAGAUUUACGAAAACUGGCUUGAUAACAAGUGCCAGCCCAACUAUUUCCGCAACGUUGUAGGGAAAAACAAUUCGUGUCCACCGUAUAAGCCAUUGACGUCGCAACGUAAAGUGUAUACGGGACUACAAGGCCAAUCGUUGCUGCGUUCGACUAGCAGACAGAACAAUGCUGCUGUAGAAAGGUUGAUCACGACAGGGAACCAUGACACCAUUGGGAUGGUGGUUUUAGCAGAGAAUGGACACAUGGCAGCUGGAACUAGCUCCAACGGAGCAAUGCAUAAAAUUGCAGGACGUGUUGGUGAUGCUGCAGUGGCAGGUGCUGGAGCUUAUGUGGACUCAUCCAUUGGCGGAGCUGCUGCGACUGGAGACGGUGAUGUGAUGAUGCGCUUUUUGCCCUCAUUUUUUGCUGUUCAAGAAAUGAAGAGAGGUGUCCAUCCGCGGAAAGCAUGUGAACACGCCCUUCACCGAAUUGCGGCAGUUUACCCCUACUUUCUGGGAGGUAUGGUUUGCUUGAAUCGGCUUGGGGAAUAUGGUGGAGCUGGCUACGGGUGGGAGUUUGAGUAUUCUGUGCAGGCAAGCUGGAUGUUGGAGCCAGAGGUGAUACAUGUAUCGCCGCUCUCACGCCCGUCAUGA